AUGCCUCGCGUCUACCCUCCGCUCGAGGGCCGACAGCCCAGCGUCGCCAUCUCACCCUCCCUAGUCGAAUCUGCCGCCGGCUUCACCGCCGGCGUAGUUUCCACCCUCGUCGUCCACCCUUUCGACGUCGUCAAGACCCGCCUCCAGAUCGAACAAAAUGAACGAUCUCGUCCUGGCGGAACCUUCCGAGUCUUGCGAACUAUUGCCGCCGAAGCAAUUCAUGGUUCUUCUCCCGACAAGCCAUUGGCCCCCAAGGCAAUGUCCAAAGAAUUCUCAGGCAUGGUGAGGGCCUUCUACAGGGGUCUGAUGCCCAAUAUGAUAGGGAAUAGUGUCUCGUGGGGGCUUUAUUUCAUGUGGUAUGGUAAUAUCAAGGACUUGGUAAGAGCGGCCAGGGCGAGCAGUACGGGUGAUCAACAGUUGAGAAGUACAGAUUACUUUUUGGCUUCGGGCAUCAGUGGUAUUUUGACUGCGAUUCUUACGAAUCCAAUUUGGGUGAUCAAGACGAGGAUGCUGAGUACGGCGAGGAAUGCUCCCGGGGCGUAUACUUCUAUUGCGCAAGGAACAGCGGUGCUAUACAGGAGUGAAGGAGUCAGAGGGUUCUACAGAGGGCUGCUGCCGAGUCUCUUUGGAGUCAGUCAUGGGGCUAUUCAAUUCAUGGCGUAUGAGCAACUGAAGAAUCAUUGGGCUUUGAGUCGGAACGGAGGUUUGGAUGGAUUGACGAAUGUGGAUUACCUGACCCUUUCGGCGGUGUCAAAGAUGUUCGCUGGAAGCAUUACAUACCCGUACCAGGUUGUCCGGGCACGACUGCAGACAUACGAUGCCCCACAACGGUACAAGGGAGCGUGGGACGUGGUGUUGCAGGUCUUCCGAAAGGAAGGUUUCGCUGGCUUCUACAAGGGAUUGGCGCCAAACGUGGUUAGGGUCCUACCUUCGACAUGCGUCACGUUUCUGGUGUACGAGAACACGAAAUACUAUUUGCCGAGGAUGCUCUCCGGCGACGAUGGCCCCGUGGACGCGUGA